AUGACGUGGGAUAGCACUCAUGACGAUCGGAUGGGCGCCGCUGCAGAUUUUUCGCCUAGUUCGUUAGUGCUUCAAUCCAUAACUCGUAUGAUGGCUUCUUCGGAUGCUUCAAAAAUAACUUCGGGUUCUUUGGAAAACAAUGAUGAUGGUACUCCCAUCAUGGGGCAAGCGAUUCAAUUACUUUGGGACGGAAUUAAUAUUACGAAUAACGGAACCAAUAAUUCAACAAAUGGAACUGUAACAGAAACUCAACCGAUUGAUGCGUUUUUUUCAGUGAGUUUGGGACUCACUAUUGUUCUGGGAAUUAUAUUUUCAUAUUGUAUACUCCGGUACUAUGCAAAGAAUUCUUCCUUGAGUUGGUUUUUGUAUAUUCCUCUCUUGUUAACGUAUACAUUGUUGUUUACAGCUGUCGGAUUGGUGUGUUUUGAUUUGGCGGCUGCCAGGUCUGUCGACCGUUCAUCGGCAAAAACCGAUGCGAAUAGAGCCCUUGAAAUUACGUGGCGAGUGAUUUAUUGGACUUGCUUUGGACUGGCUCAAGUGAUUUUACCCCUAUUCAAGGGAUAUCCCUUCACAGGUGAAUUUACUGCACUCUUCAGACUCUUGAGAUCCAUUGUCAUGAACUUGUUGGCCAUUUCUGUCAUGAUUUUGAUCGGAUUGGGAGGUUUAGGAGGGUUUUUGAUUUAUAUUGCCAUUGUUGAUGACAUUAAAAAUGUCACAUUCAACAUGUUAAUGGGUCUUGCCCUUUCUCUCUCGAACAUUGUAGGUUUGGCACUUCUCAUCACAUUAUUGGGAUAUGGUAUUGUCAUUCUUCCGAGAACUCUGUGGGAAAUUUCGAAUGAUCAAAGACAAUUAAGGCUCUAUGAAUUUAGAAGCGUCGGAUUACUAGAAACACUCACCGAUACUGAAGAUGAACUCAUUGAACUCAUAUCCAUCUGUACAUAUUUAGACAAACACGUGGAUCAAUCACACAAACAACGAAAGAACGUCGAUCGCAUGAUGAAAACCGUCAAUGAGCUCAUGGAAACUCACCCUCAAUUGAAAAAAGCUCGUCUCAGAGAUCGCUUUGAACCUGGAAAGCUUCCUGACAUUGAAAAAUUGAGUCGAUGGAGAUUAGUGUCCAUUCAUGGAGACUUGAAAAAUACCAUGCUUGAAUUUGACAUUCAUCAAUACCAAUGGAAGUAUUUACAAGUUCGUGCCUUCAUUUUACAAGACAUUAUUGACUCUAAAUCUAAUGGUUUAAGAAAAGUCGACUCACCCUUCCUUCAACGAAGAUUUACUUGGUGGCAAAAAAUUAUUGAGAAACCCGAAUGGAUUUAUUACAGGUACUUGAGACCAUGGUUCUUAAAGUUGUUGGUACUCUUGUACAUUCCGUGUGCCUUCAUCUUGUUAUGGUGUGAAUUUACUCCCCUCUUCAAAAAUGUGACCACUGUGAGACUCUCAGUUCUGGAAUUGCUCAUUGAAUCCAUUCAUGACCGUUUCAUCACACAAUUUGUUGCAUUAUUUAUUUUACUCAUGAUUUUGGUCACCAUCAUGUUUGCAUUAUUCAAUGUGAGAGUAAUGCAAUAUUUUAGAAUCAUUCCUCACCAUACAGACUCCUACACACUCUUUUAUACUGCUCAAUUAUUAUGUCGAGUCAUUCCUAGUAUGAUGUACAACUUUUUACAAUUGAUUGGUGUCACGAAAAACGAUGGUGUUGCCUAUUUCAACAUUUAUGGAGAGUUGAGAUUGGAUGGACUUAAAAUUUUUGGUGCCAUUGGUGGUUUUGUGGUCGAUUAUUUACCACUGGGUAUUAUUCUUGUUGCUUUUGUUGCACUAUUCAGAAUUUUGGAAAGAUUAGGAACUCUUAUUAACAUUGAACGAUUCAAAUACAAUGGCGGAGACAAGAUUACCGACGAACGAGUGUUGGAAGGAAAGGAAAUUUUGCAACGUGCCAGAGAGAGAAAACUCAAACAUUUACAAACAGCAAGAGAAGAAUUUGGCUCUAAAUAUUUCUCAAUUUCCACCUUCUUUGAUAAAUUGGAUGAGCACGAUAGUGGAAAGAAGAGUCAUUCCAAGAAAGUCUAUGGUCAACAAGAAGAUUAUGACGAUAGUAUGAAUAAUAUUGAAAUUUCUGGAGAUAUUAAAUUUGGAGAAAAGAUUGAGGAUGAUGUGCGAAUGGAAGAGUUCAAUGUGCAUCAUUAUCAAAGUCCUGAAAUGAAUAGAAGCAACAAAAAGUCUUCGGCAAACAAAUCGUACACGAAAUUUGAGGAGGACGACGAGGAUGAUGUGCAAGAAAAGCCCAUGAGUCAUUCCUAUAAGAGCACUAGAGAGGAAUACAAGAACAAAUGGAAGAAAUCAAAGAAUUUCGAGUCAGUUUUGUAG